UUCAAAUAUUUGACCGUUGGCAUUGUAACGUUUGAUACUUUCGUCUCUUCAACCUCCGAAAUAGAAACUUCCAAGAAGCUGACCGUUUUUCCUCUUCCCGCUCCGUUCCUGUUUCCGCUCCCUCUCCGCGAAAUCCUUCAUCCAUCAAAACUUACUCUGCACUCGAUCCAUCAAUGGCAGUAGAAGACCUGAACGCCAUGAUAGACGAGACCUACGAGUUCUCUGCGCCUCGUUUCUAUGAUUUUAUUAACGGCGAAUCUGAAGAGGAGAUGCGAAAUGCAGAGCUUUGGUUUGAGACCGCGCUAAGCUAUGCCCCCUCGCCUUUCAUGCCAAGAAUCAAAACGGGUAGAUCCAUUCAAAUUGAAACCCUCUGUGAUCUUAGUAAUGAAGACAAUUCUCAGAAGGUUUCGGGACCAUCAUCAGACACUACAACUACCUCCACUCCCACUGAAGAUACAACUUCGGUACCAGCCAAGGAAGCAAACAAUACCGAGUUCAUCACUGAGCCAACUGCAAAAGGAAAAGACGAGACCCAUCAGCUUGAGGAAGAAAGUAAAACAUGCCACAUUGAACAGAUUAGUGAAGACAAGAAUGGUGUAAGCAGCACUCAGAAUAGUGGAGGUAUUCUGACUGGAACUAAGUCUACAAGUAAGGAGACCACAAAAGACUGUGCCAAUGAGACUACUUCCUCUGUGGCCUCUGUCAUCCAAGGUUCAGAAGCCUGUACUCCCAAACCACAGACAAUAUGUAAGAAAGCAGAACCACUGACCGCGAAUUCAAAGAAGAAUUUGACAGCCAAAAAGAUAGCUAGCUUAGUUAGAAAUCCAUCUGCCCUAAAACAUAAAGAUCAAUCCCAGUUACCACACGCUAAAAAUGUAAAACCAGCUAGUUCUAGAAGUGUCACAAAGGCCAAGAGCACUGCUUCAGCACCAGAUUUCGCCCAAGAAAACCAAGCAAUUAAGAAACAGAGGCUAGAAGGUGGAAGAUCUAGACAGAUUCUUAGUAUCAAACCCCAGAAUCUCCCUCACAAGUCAAGAGCAACUUUAAUUGGUGGAGAUAGUAACUUACGCUCCUCAACGACUAAAACUUGUAAAGGGGACAGAAAGAUCUAUGUUCGAGAAGUGGCUACCCCUUUUGUUUCAAUGGCAGAAAUGAUGAAGAAAUUCCAGUCUAACACAAGAGUUAUGGAGAUUCCACGUAGCAGCAGCAUAUCCCAUGACGAUGCUGGUUCUAUCAUUCAAAGAAAGCCAAAACUGACUUUGACAAGGCCCAAGGAACCAGAAUUCGAAACAGCCAAUCGGAUUCGUCCAACAAGGGUGAAGAGUACAGAAGAGCUCGAGGAAGAAAUGAUGGCAAACAUUCCAAAGUUUAAGGCCCGGCCUGUAAACAAAAAAAUCCUGCAAGCACCAACUCUGCCUGCAUUGCCAAGAAGCACCCCUCAACUACCAGAGUUUCAGGAGUUUCAUUUGAAGACAAUGGAGAGAGCAAACCAGCAUGCUGAAACAUCAACAGUUGUAUCCUCAACUGAAUCUUCUUGUCAGAAUCUGGACAGACCCCAUAAACUCACUUUACCUAGGACUCCUCAUCUUGAGACAUCGUUACGAGCUAGGCCACCAAAGGUUAAGAGUUCCCAAGAAUUAGAGAAAGAAGAACUUGAAAAGAUGCCAAAGUUCAAGGCAAGACCAUUUAAUAAAAAGAUAUUUGAAAGCAAAGGAGAUUUAGGCAUAUUCUGCAAUCCAAAGCGCAAUGUAACGAAACCUCAGGAGUUCCAUUUUGCAACUGAUGAACGGAUACCACCAGCAUCUGCAGUCAUUGAUCUCUUUAACAAGCUUUCUUUGAAUUCAGAACCUAGCCAUGAAAAUCAAAUUCCAAAACUGACCACACCAAAUCCAUUCCAUCUCCACACAGAGGAACGUGGAGCAGAUAAGGAGAGGGAGUUUAAACAGGAACUUUUAGAGAAACAGUGGGAAGAGGAGAAGGCUAGAAUCCCAAAGGCUAUGCCAUACCCUUACACUACUGACUAUCCAGUGAUACCACCAAAGCCUGAGCCAAAACCAUGCACUAAGCCAGAACCUUUCCAAUUAGAAAGUCUUGCAAGGCAUGAGGAGGAAUUACAAAGAGAGAUGGAAGAAAAACAGAUGAAGGAGAAAGAAGAAGCUCAGAUGAGGAUUUUCAAGGCACAACCAAUCAUGAAAGAUGAUCCACUUCCACUUCCUGAGAAGGUGCGGAAACCCCUCACACAGGUGCAGGGGUUUGCACUCCAUGUUGAUCAUAGGGCUGUUGGUAGAGAAGAAUUUGACAAGAAGAUCAAGGAGAAAGAAAUGAUGUACAAGAGGUACAGGGAGGAGUAUGAAUCUGCUAAAAUGAUGGAAGAAGAGAAGGCACUCAAGCAAUUGAGGAGGACCAUGGUACCCCAUGCAAUACCGCUGCCAAAUUUUGAUAAUCCCUUCCAUCCACAAAAAUCAUGCAAAGAAACAACAAAGCCAAAAUCUCCUAAGUUGCGUGUACUCCAGAGAAAGGAAAGAAGGCAACUGGUCUGUGUUGCUACUGCAAUGUCCAGUGCUGCUGCGAAUAUGAGAUGAUUGAGGCUCAUGGACUUUGUAACGUGUUCAAGAAUUCUUGAACAUAAUCGUUUAAUUUUUUUGAUUUAUUCAGAUUAUUUAUACCAAUUAAAGAAAGAUCAUCAGAAGGCCAUGAGUCCACCAUCAUGACUUUGUCUGCAUGAUUUGUCUUGGAUCUCCAUCGAGAUGUGUCAGUGCUUCCUCAACGCCAAAGAACUACCAAUAAUGCUUGAAUCAGUAGUGGCUACUUCUUUUUUGGUCUUAAGCUCAAUUGGUACAUGUUUCUCAAUAACCACCGCAAAAAUGUAGGAUGUCUGUGCACUGCAAUAAGCCUAAAUCAUCAGGCCCCACUGCCUGAAAUUAUUCUAGGCAUAUUGCAUUCCCAUUUUUUUUUUUAAAUGGACACUGCCAAACAUUUUUUUUUUACAUAAAUGAUGAUGUGGCAAGUUUAUGUUUUUGACA